UGACGAUCAUCUUGAAACGUUGGACUCUCCGAGAAUACCAUAAAUACUCAGUGACUCACUUCUUUCCAACUCCGACUCCCCAAUCCCCACCGCUCUCUCUCUCUCUCUCUCUCUCUCUCUCUCUCUCUCAAACAGUGAGUACUGAGUAGUGGUGGCCUGGUGGGAAAGACAGCGUGCGCAUUGCGCACCAUUCUCCACUGACGAGAGGAGAUUGCGUAACUCUUGUUCAGAUAUUGGUGGCUUGGAAGGUAUCUGUUUCAUUGAAGGGUCCCUUUCCUUUUCUUUCAUUUCAAUGGUACUCUCCCACAUUUCCCUUUUAAGCAUACAACUUUAGAGUUGAGUUGCGAACAAUUAACAAAAGGUAGGAUGAAUUGUUGAUCACAGUUAGGUUUUGUGGAAUCUGAGUCUCACUCGGUUCAAGUUCCUACUUUCUUCAUCCUUUUUUUUCUUUUAUAAUGAAAUGUGAAGUAGGAUUGGAAGAGAAUUUCGAAUAGGUUUGCACAUUUUGAUGAAUUUUGUGUCUGGAGAUGGAUCCUCCUCUGAUUAAUGAAUGUCCGUUUCCCGCCGCUAACCCGUCCUCUUAUAGCUUGGCUGAGAUUUGGCCGUUUCCGCUCAAUGGUGGUGGAGGUGUUGGGGAUUCCGCUGGUGUUUUGGGAUUGAGGAGGAAUCAUUUUCGGCAGAAUUCGGGUGGGUUUGUAGAUAGUUCCGGGACGGGGACGGCGGUGAAUCGGGAUAUGUCCAUGAAUGAGUCAACGGUUACGGAGCAGAGCGUGAGUCGUGGUGGGAAUGGAAGGAAGCGUAGCGAUGCUGGUUCGGAGGAUGAGUCGUCUAAGCUUGUCUCUACGAGCAGUGGCAAUGAUGUGAACGAUUGUGAUGGUAAACGUCUAAAGGUUUCUAGAUCCAAAGAUGAAAAUGGUGAUUCAAAAACUGAAACAGAAGCAAGUUCUGGCGCCCGUAACAAGCCAGCUGAACAAAACACACAACCUCCUGAACGGCCUAAGCAAGAUUACAUUCAUGUGUGGGCAAGGAAGGGCCAAGCUACUGACAGCCACAGUCUAGCAGAGAGGGCUAGGAGAGAAAAGAUCAGUGAGAGGAUGAAAAUUCUUCAAGAUCUGGUUCCUGGAUGUAAUAAGGUCAUUGGCAAAGCUCUGAUCCUUGAUGAAAUAAUUAAUUACAUCCAAUCACUCCAGCGUCAAGUUCAGUUUUUGUCUAUGAAGCUUGAAGCAGUUAAUUCAAGAAUGAACCCAGGCAUUGGAGGAUUCCCUUCAAAAGAUUUUGGUGCACAGACAUUUGAUACUACUAGUAUGGCAUUCAGUUCACAAGCUGCAAAGGAAUAUGACCAAGGAUCACCACCAGAAUGGCUGCAUAUGCAGAUCGGUAGCAGUUUUAAAGAUCAGCACAAUUUUAGUUAAUUCUCGUAAAUUGACAAUAAGGACAUCAAGCAGCUUGCUUCCUCUUCCAGUGGUUGCCAACAAUCAUAUCCUCUAUCAUCUUAGUUCAGAGAAAAAUAAUUAUUUAUUUGGGUAAUUACAGAUAGGUACCCUAAACUUUCAAUUACAACACUUAAGUACCGUGAACUUUAAAAAAUAAACACAUAGGUCCAUCCGUUAGUAUUUCAUAAGUUAAACAGUGCAUAAUGCCAAAAAUACUCUUAUCAUGUAUUUCUAAGAUCAUUCUCAGGUAACUGAACAUCUCCCAUAGUGACGUUCUCACAUGGACAGCAAAUAACAUAUUCAAAUUUUGUGAUGAUGGCAUUUUCUAGUGAUGAUUUUACUCUGUAGAACGAAUACAUGAGAAGGGUAUUUUUGACAUUAUGCAAUGUUUAACUGACAGAAUACUAAUGGAUGGAUCCAAGUGUCUAUUUUUGAGAGUUCAAGGUACUCAAGUGUUGCAGUUGAAAGUUCAGGAUACCUAUUUGUCACUACCCCCAAAGUACAUGGUACCUAUCUGUACUUUACACUAUUUAUUUUUUUAUGUGAUAUGGAGCUAUGCUUGGUGUUUAUACGAGUGAGCUUCAUUUGAAAAUCUGAAACAAUCUCUGUUUCCUUGUGUGCUAGGGAUUCAUUAUUUACCUUCAUGUAUCAUUUGACAGGAAAUCCUCUUCUUGUUGUAUCACUGAACUUGACUUAAACCUCCUAGUAUGUAUGUUGUUCUUGAACUC